ACACCAUUGACAUUAUUAACCAUCAUCCAACACCACAAAGCUAUUUUUAAAGUAACGAGUAUAGUGUUGUCUCUCAGGCACGAAACCCAAGGAGCCGUUUCCUUCUACAAGAUGAGCUUCUUCCAGCAGCGACGUUUCUCAGGGAAUCUUCUUUUCUGAUCUGUUCACCUUUGCUAAGGAGAAAUCCCUCUCGGGUGGAUCUCCUUUUCCGGUGACUUAACCGGAACCACCAGAUCCACUGGAUCCUCAGAUCUGCUUCUCCUUUGGCGAAUCUCUUGCCCAGCCGAUGAGUCCCUCUUCCUUCAGAGCGUGUGACUUGUUCAUCGUCCCUCUCUCCUCCACACUGUCGCCGGCUGACGCCCUCACCUUACCUCACCAGAUGUUCCCUCAGAUAUGCUCUUCUGAGACGGGAAGGUAUUGGAUGUUGGUUGAGUUUGUGGCUCUGGUUUUGUGGAAUUUGGAUGAAGUUAUGGGCUUAGAUACUGUUGUGUCUACUUUAGUGCUCUCUUGCAGCAACCUUAUCGCUUUGAUGCGAUCAUUUACCGCAGUAUGCGGAUUCUAUCUCGAUUUGGCUUUGUUAAAACUUGUCUUGUGGCAACUUGGACAAAGUUCUUUGAAUCUAAACAACCGACCAGUUCAUCGGGGCUUUUGUAGCCCUCAUCUCUCCUUUCUAGAGCCUUUAUUCCUCCCCUAUACUUCACUUGUGUUUAGUGGUAGUGUUACCGGGAGCAUUGUGUUAACUGUUCUGCUUGAAGUAGAAGCGGGGAUUGUUGUUCAAGACUGUUCUCGUUCAGCAUUUGUUGAUUGUUUAACGUUAGUGUCUUUGGAGGUUUUGUUUCCUUCUCCUUGUGUUUUCAGUAAGGACUUCCAAGCUAAAGAGGUUUGCUUUACUGGAUGCUCUUGGUUUGAUACUUCCUUGGCAGAACUUCAGUUUCCUUUCCCAAAAUUCCCUCUUCUUUGGAGGGGUUUGGAUGAUCAAGACUUGUUGGUAUUGCAACGUUCCUCCUCCCGACUGAUGGUUAUUAUAGAUGCGAUCUAUCAAGAAACUGUUGAGAUUAUACUUGUUUGUUGGUCUCUUAUGUUCUCUUCCUAUGAUUUGUAUCUUAUCUAUCUCUUGUUUAACCAUCCUUUGAUGGUGUUUUUUUUGGCAAUUGUUGCCUUGUUUCUUUUGUUUUGGAUGUAGUUCCUCUUUUGUUAGAGGUUGAAACUCUUUAAUUUAAUGAAAGUGAAUUGUUUGACCAAA